AGAAGAGCAGGAGGAGGAGGAGGAUGAUGAUGUCCGAGGAAGAGGUUCUGAUCCCGGAUGACCGCGCUUUUAGUCGGUUUAAACACGAGUGUGAAUCCGAGCAAGACUGGAGUGUCACCUACAACAAGAGCAGCAUCUGCGUGUGGAUCCAGGUGCUGGAGGAGGAGAAGAGCCUGCAGCGGAUCAAGUGUCGAAUGCUGUGCAAGGACAUCCCAGCUGAGACCAUGUACGACGUGCUCCAUGACAUCGAGUAUCGGCGAAAGUGGGAUGCAAAUGUCAUCGAGACGUUUGACAUCGGCAAACUGACAGUCAACGCAGAUGUGGGCUAUUACUCCUGGAAGUGUCCUAAACCGCUGAAGAACCGUGAUGUCAUCACCCUGCGCUCCUGGCUGCCGAUGGGCAACGAUUACAUCAUCAUGAACUACUCCGUCAAACACGCUAAAUAUCCUCCAAAGAAGGAUCUUGUGCGAGCCAUUUCCAUCCAGACGGGAUACCUGAUCCAACGCACCGGCCCCACCAGCUGCACUUUAACAUACCUGGCACAGGUGGACCCGAGAGGUUCUCUUCCCAAGUGGGUUGUUAACAAGUCUUCCCAGUUCUUGGCUCCUAAAGCGAUGAAGCGCAUCAGUAAAGCGUGUCUUCGGUAUCCCGAGUGGAAGCAGAAGCACAGUCCAGGGUUUAAGCCGUGGUUGUUCCCGGAGCAGAACCCGCUGUCCAGCAUCCCGCUGUCCGAACUCUCCAUCCAACACGCCGACUCUCUGGAGAACAUCGACGAGAGCUCACUGAGCGAGAGCAAAGACGAGCGCGCCGAGCACAGCGACGACGAGGGGAACAACUGACACACACAGAGCCCAGUCAAGUGCUAAAUCCAGAUUAUGAUUAAUUUGGUUACACAGAUGUAAAUGAUUUUGAGUUCUGAUUAUGAUUUCUGACCUUAUGUACGCAUGCAGUUUGUCUCCAGACACACAGAGGGUGCCGAUGUCCAUCUGCUGUACGACACUAGAGUUCAAUGAAUGAAUGAAUGUAGUACCGAAGAAUUAAAAACCAAUUACUGCCUGUG